CGCCCACACGAUGCUUUAAGAUUCAAAGGGAAAGGAAAAAAAAUAUGUUGCAGCGUUUAUCGUGACUAUUGCCAAAAUAAUUUGUUUUUCUUUAAUAUAGUAGUAAUCUACAAGGAUACAUAUAUUUCAGUUGUGUUGAAACAUUUUUUCUUUUAAAUCAGUUUGAGUGAAAUACGGCACCAUUUAUGACCUAGAUCGAAUAACGUGUUAUUUAAACGAGAAAACUUACUUUCCCAUAAGAGUGUCAUUAUGUGUUUUAGUGCAGACGCUACUGAGGGGGUCUAGGAUUCGGCCCCUCAAAUUAAUCCGAUAAAGGGGGCUUUAGUGAAAUGGCCAAGGAAAGUUCUUAUUUUACAUCGAUGUCUAAGAAAGACCAUGUAUAUAAGGCGUAUAAUGCGAGAAGUUUUCGGAGAGACAGGGGGACCUUUUAUCAACCGACGAUAAGGGAGGACCCGGAGCCGGAUUAUUAUAACGAAUUAAAGGAGGGAGGGACACAACUCACAGAAACAUUUCACGAACAAAGAGGUUCAGCGCUAAAGGAAUCAGUCGUCGAGGACCCAGCCCCGGAUUAUCACGAUGUCGUCAAUGAGGGGAGUACCACUAUAUUUAAUAAUCAGUUCUCUUCUAGAUAUCAUAAUUAAAAAAUAAAAAAUGAAUUAUUAAGGAAAGAUUCGAUCUACACACAAAAUAUGUCUAUAAAAAAAGGUACGCCAUUGUCCUGUUGGAGCAGAAAACAACUGGAUUGUAAAAAGAGAAAUGGGGUCCCUAUAAGUAUGUUAACGCAUGUACCGGUUGGCUGUAAAUACAAACUUCCGACAUGACAAGAUCAUUUACAACAUUCCACUCACUUAAUUCAAUAUCUAAAACUUCCAACCAACACGGUAUUAUACCUCCGCAAUCUGUAUAUACCCCUAAAUAUUAAGGACGACAAUUUAUGUAUCCUGCAGUCUAUCCUUAGUUUAUGAUUUGAUUAACGUUUUACUCCAGACGUUCGUUAUGAUAUUAAUGAUUUCGUUCUUCAGUAACGCUGUCUUCUAACAUUCGAUUUCCUUAUUCUAUUGUUGUCACAUGAAUCCUCCAGGCUUCCAAGCAUACAGAGACAUUUCAAGAUAAGAAAGGUGCAGUUCCUGAACAAGCAGAUCCGGACGACCCAGAACCGGAUUAUUAUGACAUUACCGAGGAAAAAGAAAAUAAAGACUCUGGUGAAAAGCCGCCACUAGAUGGCGUAAAACAGACAACAGGAUCCAGUCUUAAGCAGAAGCCAGAACCGUGGGAUGCUUUCCGUAUCAUGGAAAGAGACAGAAAACGCAGAGAUGUACACAUGCAUACCAGUUUUCAAAUAAUCAAAUUAUUUAUGUAUACAUUCCUGUUCAUCAUGGUGCUUGCAUCCCUCGUAGUACAGAAAAUCAGUCUAGUCAUCGCUACCUCCAAGUUACGGUCGCAAAAUAAUUAUCCAGUGGGUAAUCUGACAACGGCUGGUGCUGAGGGAGUGGACCAGCAGAUCUCACAAUCUGACGUGCACAGCUUUUUGCUCCUUGUCGCAAUUUGUACACCCUAUGUAUUAACAUUCAUCUCCAGUUUCUGGAAAGUUUGUUUUGGAAAUGUCGAUAGGCCUAGUGUUCCCAGCAUCAUCAUGUGCACUGUAGUUGAGGUAUCCCAUUCUAUAGGACUGUGCUUGUUGGUAUUCCAAUUAUUGCCAAAUCUGGCACCUAUUCGUGGAGCAUGCGUACUGAGUGCAACAACCAUUAUUCCAAGUUUUCUGAAACUGUUUUACACCAAAGACACAGCGUUCGUUCAGCGGAAUUGUGGAACACGUAAAAGGAUAGCGCUGUUUGUGUUGAACAUGCUUGCAUUCUUUUUGCAGUUAUCAGUAUUGCCCUUCUUAUUAUUACCUGAUAUAGAGUACUUACACGGCUGUGAAACAUCCACUGUGGUUGUAAACGUGGAUCACGAUACUGUAAACGUUACUGAGGAAUGGCAAAUCGAUACAGAAAAGGGCUGUAAAAUCGUGCUUUCGUUGCUUUUAACUUCUGUUCUGUGGUGGGAGAAUUUCGUCGACAAAGUUAACGGAACGGGCAGGAUACAACAAUUCCUACUCAAAACAAAGUACGAAAUAGAAGAAAGUCGAUCUUACAUUUACAUUUUUGUGUCCGUUUUGAAAAUUGUGACGUCAGUUGUUGCCACGUAUUUAACGGUAGGGAAUUCGUUUGCAAUCUACAAACUAGAAUUCUGGGACGCCUUAUCGCAGCAAACUCUAACCGAUUAUACGGAUAUCUUGUGUCUCAUUGGAUCCGCUUUUAUCGGAUACUAUGUUGCUUACAUAGCCUGUAAAUUGCAGAUGCAAAUAUUGUCUUUUUCGCUGCCUUGUCUGUUAUCCACACCAGUCUCCGCCAUUCUAUUCACACUGUAUUGUCAGAAUGAUGACGAUUAUCUGUCCACGGUGUUCAGCUUUGAAAGCGAUUCCGAAUGUAAUGCCGCCAUAUACAAUCCUUGGUACCACGUGACGAUGGCAUCACUAUGGCUUCUCUCCACUUACUGGGUCGCUCAACACAUUUGGUUUCCACGACAAGAACGACUUGCUAAAGUCAAACGGUUGUUUGUGAACCCAUCAUACUGUGGUGUUCUUUUGGAGCAGCAUCUAAUCUUAAACAGAAAGCGUGGUCAUCAGGAUAUAAUGAAAAAGGAAAUAGAAGAGAAAACGGUAUACGUGAUGCAAUCUCCGUCAGAAGUUACAGAAAACAAAACUGAAUCUUCAAAAACUCCUCCACUUGUUUACGCAUGCGCUACUAUGUGGCAUGAGACUCGUCAAGAAAUGUUACAGCUUCUCAAAUCGUUGUUUAGGUUGGAUGAAGAUCAAUUCCUUCGCGAGAAAGAAAGUGAAAUAUCAAAUGAUGACGAAUUUUCAAACGAUUAUUACAGAUUUGAAGCUCACAUUAUGUUUGAUGACGCAUUCAAGAAUGGGAAUGUAAAUGAAUACGUGGAAACGUUUGCAUCCGUCAUGAAUGAGGCUGCAAGUUCUGUUCACUCUCAACCAAUUCAACUAGAGAAACCAAUUAUAAUAGCAACGAGUUAUGGAGGACAGGUCGUCUACAGAAUGCCUGGGGAAAAUUUACUCUUCAUUCAUCUGAAAGAUAAGAAUAGAAUUCGACAUAAGAAGAGGUGGUCUCAGGUGAUGUACUUGUAUUACUUGUUGGGAUAUCGCCUCACUACCGAGAUACAAAAUGAAAUAGAAACAAAGUCUGAUGACAAGAAGGGAACUACAAAUAUCAAUGAGUCAUUCAAAACUAAGGCCGAUAACACAUUCCUUCUUGCCUUGGAUGGGGACGUUGAUUUCACUCCAGGCUCUGUAAGAAUUCUAAUUGAUCGAAUGAAAAAGGAUCAACGAGUCGGCGCUGCGUGUGGAAGAAUUCAUCCUAUUGGCAGUGGGCCUAUCGUGUGGUAUCAAAAAUUUGAAUACGCAGUUGCACAUUGGCUCCAGAAGGCUACCGAACAUGUUCUUGGAUGCGUUUUGUGUUCUCCGGGAUGUUUUAGUCUUUUUCGUGGAUCUGCAUUGAUGGAUGAUAACGUGAUGAAGAAAUACACGUUAUUGCCUCUAGAAGCUUCACAAAUCCUUAUGUACGACUUGGGUGAGGACCGCUGGUUAUGCACUCUGCUCCUACAGCAGGGAUACAGAGUGGACUACGCCGCUGGAGCUGAUGCUUAUACUUACGCUCCUGAGGGCUUCAAAGAAUACUUCAACCAGCGAAAGAGAUGGGGACCAUCAACACUUGCCAAUAUAAUGUCUCUUCUACAAGAUGGCAAACAUACAGUUGAAGCAAACGCGAAUAUCAGCAGAUUAUACAUCAUGUAUCAGGGUUGCCUGAUGGUUUCAACAAUUAUAGGACCAGCAACAAUCCUGAUGAUGAUAGCCGGGGCCUUUGUUUCCGUUUUUGGUCUGACCCUUACAAAUUCGUACAUUGCAUCAUUAGUACCAGCGAUUCUAUAUUUUGUCAUUUGUGUAACAUGCCCUACAAAAAUUCAGCUGGCUGUAGCUCAAGUUCUCAGCGGAUUUUACGUCAUAGUAAUGAUGGUAGUAUUCGUUGGCGUCAUAAUUACUGCUGUGACAGAGUCUCCAUAUCAUCCAAGUGUCAUAUUUAUCAUGGGACUCGUCGCGAUCUUUAUAAUAGCAGCAUUGCUUCAUCCGAGGGAAUGGAGCAAUAUUAUAUAUGGCAUGCUCUAUUAUGUACUAGUGCCAUCGGGAUUCCUAGUGUUAAUCAUUUAUUCGCUAUGCAACUUAAACGAUGUGUCAUGGGGAACAAGAGAAAACGCUACGACAACAGAUAAGCCAAAAGAAGAUGAAGGACUAUUUUCCAACAUCUUCUCCCCCAUCACAAGGCUUAAGUCGAGCCUAUCUACUCCAAAUUCGUCAGAAAAUGACACUCUUCUUAAAUUACUGGCUACGAUGAGUGAUAUUGUUGGAAUGAAGCGGAAUAGUACAGGCCAUAAUUCAACAGGAGAAGGCCCAGAAGAUGCUGUGGCUCAAACUACACCAACGGGAACUCAAGAUGAGCAGCAAAACAACAACAAACCGGAAAACAAGCCUGAUAAAAAGAGUGUCAGUUAUGGUACGCCAGACUGGGUUAAUGAAGGUCCCUUCCAGGGGACAGAUUUUGAAAUGAGAAAAAAGGAAAGCCAAUUCUGGAAAACAUUUGUAGACAGAUAUCUGAAACCUUUAGAAAGGGACGAGAACAAAGAGAAACGAGUCCGGGGACAGUUACGAGAUUUAAGGAAUAAUGUGUGUGGCGGAAUGGCUCUAGUCAAUCUACUUUGGAUCGCUAUAAACUUCAUGUUUCAAUUACGAAGUCCGACGGUUGUGACAAUCCAACUUCCAAAAAGCAGUGAAGAUGACGAAGAAGAAAAUUACGUCAUGCGAUUAGAGCUACUUGGAUUGCUAUUUAUAGGGUUUUUCUUGAUAAUAAUGUUGAUCCAGUUCUGUGGCAUGAUAAUGCACAGAUGGGGAACAUUUUUGCAUCUUGUUGCCAUCACUGAAAUUCCGAAUCCAUUCCGGAAAAAAAUUAAAAAGGAUCAGCACAUAGACAUUCUGGAAACAUACAGAAAUGCGAAGGAUGAAAGCGGUUCGACACCGGAAAUAUCUGAGGAAGAGAGACUGAAGGAAGAGAAGGAAAUAUUGAAACAAAUCACAAAUCUACAAGACAAAGGAACCAGAUACCCUUCCGACCUGCCGUCAGAGGAGACCCUUUCAUCCAAUUCAAAGCAAAAUUCGGUCGAUGACAGACCAAUUGACACACGUGAACUGUACCAGCAUUAUCGACAAAACACACAUCAGCAUAUGACGAGAAUUAAUACAGGACUCAGAUACAGAAAAAACGAUAAAAACGGAUCUACAAAAACAAGACCAUUUUUUACAGAAGCGAACAGUAACCAACGUUUUUUAUCAAACCGCAAUGGAUCGACAGAUAAACUUUUAAAUUAUGCAAGCAAUGGAAAUAACGAAAAAGGUGCGAAAAGGAGAAGAGAUGUUCGUGUAAGUGGAGGAUUAAUGAAAAGGACCCUUACAAAGGCGUUAAUCAGACAUUAUAAUGAAACCAGUCAAAUGAAUUAAAAAUUGAUACAUAUA